AUGGGGAAGAUGCUAAAAAAGACAAAUCAGUUUACCACAAGUCCUUCAAAGAAGAAUAGCAAUCAAAUUCUCUUAACAUUCUAUUUCAGAAAUCCACAAGGAUGGCUUUGCAGAUGCCGCUGUCCCCUCUCACCGCUUGCUGCAGCCGUGAUUAACCCCACCAUGUUCUUCGACAUUGUGGCCAAUGGCGAGCCCUUGGGCAGCGUCUCCUUCAAGCUGUUUGCAGACAAAGUUCCAAAGACAGCAGAAAACUUUUGUGCUCUGAGCAUGGGAGAGAAAGGAUUUGGACAUAAGGGUUCUUCCUUUCACAGGAUUAUUCCAGGAUUCAUGUGCCAGGGUGGUGACUUCACAUGCCAUAAUGGCACUGGUGGCAGAUCCAUCUACGGAGAAAAAUUUGAGGAUGACAACUUCAUCCUGAAGCAUACAGGUCCUGGCAUCUUGUCCAUGGCAAAUGCUGGACCAAACACAAAGGGUUCCCAGUUUUUUAUCUGCUCCACCAAGACUGAGUGGCUGGAUGGCAAACAUGUGGUCUUUGGGAAGGCGAAAGAAGGUAUGAGCAUUGUGGAAGCCAUUGAGCGUUUUGGGUCCAGGAAUGGCAAGACCAGAAAGAAGAUCGCCAUUUCCGACUGUGGACAACUCUAAUUCUUUUGACU